AUGAAAGGGGUAAUGAGAUUUGGUAAAAAGGGAAUAUUGAGUACACGCUACAUAGGGCCAUAUAAGAUUAUUCGAAGAGUUGGCCAAGUUGCAUAUGAGUUAGAGCUACCUCAGGAGCUUUCAGCAGUUUAUCUGGUGUUUGAUGUCUCAAUGCUUCGGAAGUGCGUAGGUGACCCAUCCUAUAUCACUCCUAUUGAAGAUGUACAAGUUACAGGGGAUCUCACCUAUGAAGAAGUACAAGAGCUAGUAGAUCUCCCCAAUAGGAAAACAGGACAUCCAGCGGCUAUUGGUGAGUUCCAGGUUGAUUCGGGGCAUUCCGAGUCUAUAGCAUAUACUUUGGUAUUGUUUAGUAGCUGA